AGCUCUCUUCAAAUACAUACUCCCCCUCCAGACACACACACAUACACACAGACAUGGAGAUCGUGAACGGAGGCAAGAUCAUUCUCGGUCUGAAAAUCAAACUGAUUCUAUUUUAUGCAGGUGCCGCGGGCGACUGCACCGUCUCGGUCUCUCAACCGAGUCAGCUCACGGUGGACUACACUCAAGAGGCCGUUACCCUGCAGUGUUCCUUCUCCACAGCCGGGUGCCCUUCAGAGCCCCCAACGAGCCUGUGGUUUCGCUAUGGUGCUCAGCAGCCCGAGAACCUCUGCUCGGAUGGAUGUAGAAGUGAGGCAGACAAGUUCGUAGUGAGGGAAGCCCUGGCACAGAACCAAGUUUCUCUCACUGUGAACCGGGUGGCUUUCAACGACAGUGCAAUCUACAUCUGUGGGAUAGCCUUUCCCAGUUCACGGGAACCGAGAGCUAAGCGAACCGGAGGAGGGACCACGCUGGUGGUUAGAGAAGUUAAGCUUCUGAGCAAGGAACUGCAGAGUCUCCUGACAGCUCUCCUAACACUGCUCUCUAUCUAUGUUACCGGAGUCCUCGUGAUCUUCAUAGUCCUCUCCAAAUCGAAAUCUGACACUCUAAGAAACAAAGAAACAGAAGAUUCACAAAAGAAGAAGAGUGCCCGGCGUAUUUUUCAGGAAAUUGCUCAAGAACUAUAUAAUAAGAGACACGUGGAAACAAGCCAACAACCUGAGAAGGACAACACUUAUGAAAACAGAAGAGCACUUUCCAACUAUGAAAGACCAUAAAAAUCUUUUAAUUUUCAAUUAAGUCACUUAAAAUUCAACUCCAGAAGCUAUGGCAGUGUUAAUGGAGAUACACUCAACAGGGCUUUGAAAAAACAAACAAAGGUAAAUGGAAAAGACAACUGGCUACAAGGAGGGAUGCCAGGGUACAAGGAAACUGUAACCCAUGGUAAUUACCAAAAUACUAAAACCCAACAAAAUGCAACUGAAAGAUACUUUCCUAAUUUGCUAGGAGAAUGCUAAGCAGUCUAACAUUUUUGAAAGCUUCCAUUUUUAUAACAUAUAUCCUAUAUUUGCUUCAUUCAACAAACGAGGUAUGGGAUGGCUGUUACC